UCUCAAUAGGUAUAUCUUUAAGCCCCAACCCCACUACACAGUCACAGUGGGCGGCGCGGGGGAACAGAUAAGCAACCCGCAUCCCGUUCAAAUUAGAUAGUGGGGCUUAUAGCCGGGUAUAUGUAUAUACUCUUCAGCUCUCCUUCCUUCAACCCUCAGAGACCAAUUGAAAUCCACAUAUCAAGCCAACAAUAUUUCAUCCAAUGGUAUAAAAUGAAGAGGCAAAUUUAUCUUUUGUAAUAUCCAUGAUUGGAAAUACAGAUUGUAAUGAGGAACAUAUCUGUGUAGGUAUUUUUUCACUUAAGGAUUACUGAUCCAUAGUUUUUAAACUCUUGUCUACUUCUAUAACCUGUAUUCAACAGUCUAUACUCAUACAUUCAUACACUUAAAUUCUGGAUUAAUUGAUUUUAUUGAUUGAUCUUUAACACAUUCAUCAUGGCGCCAACAAUCGUUCUUAUUAGUGGUGCAAACAGAGGUUUAGGAAAAGGUCUCCUAGCCCAAUACAUCAGCAAACCCGAUCACAUCGUCAUUGCCGCCAAUCGGGACCCUUCGCAUCCAACAUCGAAAGCCCUCUCAGAACUGCCUACUGGUGCUAACACCAAGCUCUUCGUUAUCAAAGUCGACGGAUCCUCCCCCACCUCCGCGCAAACCGCCAUCGACACGCUCCCCUCCCUCGGAAUAGACCAUUUAGACCUCGUCAUCGCCAAUGCAGGUGUAUCUUACGCCUGGCCCACCGUUGCCGAUCUAAAGAUCGAAGAUCUAGAAGGCCACUUCAUACCAAAUGUUUUUGGAGCUGUGAGAUUAUAUCAGGCAACUUUGCCAUUAUUAUUGAAGAGUAAGGAUCCAAAAUGGGUUACUAUUGGAAGUACGGCGGGGAUGAUUACCAACCAACUCCCCAUCCAGAACCAACUCCCCAUCCCGAACGGCGCCUACGGCCCCUCCAAAGCCGCCAUCCACUGGUUCACCAAACGCAUGAACGUCGAGAACCCCCCCUUGAACGCGUUCGUUCUCGAUCCCGGCUGGUGCCAAACCGAGCUCGGUAACGCGGGUGCCGUCUAUUUUGGAAUGGAUCAAGCUGCUGUUUCAGUUGAAGAUUCAUGUGCCCUGAUGGCGCCGCUUAUUACGAAGAGUACGAAGGAGAGUCACGGGGGAAAACUUUGGAGUUAUGAGGGGGGUCAGUUGGAGUGGUAGAUUGUUUGGGGUUUGAGAUGUGGGUGGAGGAUUAUAUGAAGGUCUAGACCGCUUGAAAUAUGAUUUAAUGUGAUUUUGUGUCGAUAUAAAAAUAGGUGGAUAGA